AUGCAGCGUGUGUCUGCCGCCUUCCCGGAACAGCCCCCGGAGGAGCGGAGGCAGCCUCAGCCGGGCGAGGCAGAGGCUGCGGCCAAGCAAAAGCCCCCCUUCAGCGAGGGCGAGGCUCUGCGGCUGGCGCAGCGCUACUUUCUCUCGCCGGCAGUGGCAAGGGAGGCCCGCGAGGUGUUUAUGUGGUACCGUGCGAUGGAGCAGCAGCUGCGGCAACGGAGGGGGGGCGCCACGUUGACGCCCUCCACGUCUUCGCGUAAAGCAACGGCGGGGGCGACGGUGUCCUCCGGGACGACGCUGCAGGAAGGCGGGGCAGACGGCACGCCGAAUCGGUUGGACGUGCCAUGUGGCGAGAAGGCCGCUGAGGCGACGCUGGAGUGGAAGAGGGAGGGGGGCAAGAGCGACGGACAAACGGCAUGGACGCCCGCCUCCGUCAGCAGGAAGAGUACGUUUCUGGGCGACGGACAGCAACGGCAGCUGCAGGGGGAGGUGGAGUUAGAGGCGGAGGGGACAACAAAUUCGGAAGCAUGCAAAGGGACGGGCGAGGAGGAGACGUUGGGGGUGGAGGGGCUGCAGCAGUUCUUCAAAGAUUUGGGGGUACGCAUGUCGGCGCUGGAAGUGGCGGACAUGGUGCACACCCUCAACGACGACCCCAUCGACUUUGUGCUGCGGCGGCGCGCGAUGGCGGCGGCAGCGGCAGCGGCCGCCGAGGCAGCGGCGCAGGCUUCCGACUUGGGGGUCUCUUCGGCCGGGCAAGGAGCCUCCACGAAGUCCGCGGCUUCCUCAAAAGCCGCGCCGGGCCGUCGCAAGGACAAUCCCACCGCCAACGGCGGCGGCAAGGAGUUCACCGCGGAGUCAGAUUGGGCCAGUUACAGGGGAAGGGAGCUUUCAUUGUCCCUGGGCAGGCGGCCCACGAGGGACGGCGUAACCUUCUCGACCUUUCUCUUUAUUCUCUCCCACGUGCUGCUGGAGAAGGAUGACACCACGGAGAUGCGGAACUGCGAGGUGCACGACUUGUUCCAGCUCCUUGACACCGACGGGGAUGGCGCCGUCUCUGUUCGGGAUGUACAGACUGUGAUACGGCGCUUGAUAGGCGAGGGUGCCGCGGCGGAGGACCGUGACCUUCAAAAGCUCUGUGCAAUGAGCAUGGUUGAGCUAGAGGCGGCGCUGAUGGAGUGCGACGUGGACGGCGACGGCCGCGUUACGCUGGACGACAUGUAUGGUGUGUUGCGUUCAUGA